UUCUUGCAAAGAAAGCUAGCAAAUGGGAACAACCAGAGACUCAUGCCCACUCUUGUAUCCAAAUCAAUUUCAUAUCUAAAACCCCUAAUUUCAAGAACCCCUAAUUACUUGUUCUCCACCACAAUGUCCAUAACCCUCAAAUCUCCAGUCUUUGCAGGCAACCCAAUAAGAUCCAAAACCCCCAAAUCAUCCGACCCGUUUUCACCCACUUCAGCCUUUCAAACCCUGAAGCUUCUCCUUUCGGGUCAGACCCAUUUCCAAGAUCCAUCUCCCCCUAAGUUCAAGGUGCUACCUUUCAUAAAGGGUAGACCUUUAGCAGGGUCAACUGGUGAUUUGGUCAAGAAAUGGCAUCUGGGGUGGUUGAGUUUUGGGGAUUUUAAGGAUGUUUUGGAGGGUAGUGAGGUGAAGUUGACUCAUGAUUUGUUGGUGUAUUUGGGUUGCAAGAGUAAGGAAGAAGAAGAAGAUAGUGUUGUUUAUUGGGCAGUUGAUGUUUCUGAAGGGGUGAGUUUGGUUGAGAAAUUGGGGAGUAAAGAGUUUUCUUUUGUGGAGUUGAGGACUUUGAUGGUGGCUACUGAUUGGGCAGAUGAUUCUGCUAUGAGUGAUCUUGCUAUUGCUGGUCAUGCCAGAGCGUUAUUGGAAUGGCAUAACACGUCUCGGUUUUGUGGAUCUUGCGGUGAAAUGUUGGUUCCUGCUGAAGCCGGGAGAAAAAAGCAAUGCAUAAAAGAUUCUUGCAAGAAAAGGGUAUACCCUCGAGUUGAUCCGGUUGUAAUUAUGUUGGUUAUUGAUAAAGAAAAUGACCGUGCACUGCUUAGUAAACAAUCAAGAUUUGUGCCUAGAAUGUGGAGUUGCCUUGCCGGAUUUCUAGAACCAGGUGAAAGCUUGGAAGAGGCUGUGAGGAGAGAAACAUGGGAGGAAACCGGCAUCGAAGUUGGUGAAGUAGUCUACCAUAGUUCUCAACCAUGGCCCGUUGGACCUAGUAGCAUGCCAUGUCAAUUAAUGAUCGGGUUUUUUGCGUACGCGACAUCACUUGAAAUAAAUGUGGACAAGAGUGAAUUAGAAGAUGCCAAGUGGCACAGUAGAGAAGACGUGAAGAACGCGUUGACAUUUUCCGAAUAUGAAAAAGCACAGAAAACAUCAGCAUACAAAGUGGAUCAAAUGUGUAAAGGGGUCGAAAAAGGUCAAAACCUUGCUUCGGAUUUUAACGUUGAAAGUGGAGAACUCGCGCCGAUGUUUGUCCCUGGACCUUAUGCAAUCGCCCAUCAUCUAAUCUCGUCGUGGGUUCAUCAGGUCAGCUCAAAUGGCAUUCGAACACAAAAAAAAGGUGUUCAUUCGAGGUUGUAGAGAUCAAAGAAUCAUUUGGUUUUUCUUGAUUCUUUCCAGGUUUGAUCUUGAGAUCCUUCCAAGGUGAUGCUGCUUGGGUGUUUGUUGAUGAUUGUUUGAGCAUUCGAAAGAACGCGUUACAUUGACUUGCGACCUGCGCAUUUUAUCAUUGAAAAGAGUUUGAUCUUGGAACAAUCUUAUAUGUUGUUGAUAAAUAGAUUACAGAAUUGUGCCUUGUUUCCAUGUUGAAUUUAUACUUGCAUAUUAUAAAAUCUUGAAUAAUCUUCC